AUUUGCACGCGAUUAUCGUACCUGUUGAAUGGCAAGUUUUUCUUUUUCACGUUUCACGAGCAUUUCACGCACGAAGCGGUAAGCGCACCUAGACGGAUACACGAAAAUGCCCGGCUAGGGACUUUUCAGUUAGUAAUCCGCGAGUGAUUUCGGGCAGUGGCCGCUGCUGACAUCGUAACCUUGCGACCGACGAUUAACGCGGCUCGCUGCAUGUUAUUAAUGAUUAACCGGGCGUUUUAAAACAAUUGCCAUAUUAUUAUUACGUCAUCGUGCGUCGCGACGCGUUUGUGUAUGCUCUCAGUGUUAUCGAUAGUUGCAUUGUGCCGCCGUUUUUUCGAGCCGUACCGGUUCCCCGUAGUAGCCGUCGUUAUCGUCGUCGCCGUCACCGUCGCCGUCGUGCCUGUUAACGUCACUGUCCCCGCCUCGUCGUUCGUGCGUCGCUUUGGUUAGGAAGAGAAAUAUUAAUUCCGAACGAUGGGAAACGUCCAUACCUGCGGCCCGAACGAGGCUCUCGUUGUGUCAGGAGGAUGCUGCGGCUCCAUGAGGAAAAGGACCAUCGUGGGCGGUUACGCGUUCACCUGGUGGUUCGUCACCGAUGUGCAACGACUCUCGCUGGAGGUGAUGACCCUGAAUCCGGUGUGCGAGAGCGUGGAGACCGCGCAGGGUGUGCCGCUGACGGUUACCGGGGUGGCGCAGUGCAAGAUCAUGAAGGCCGAUGAGUUGCUGCACACUGCCAGCGAGCAGUUCCUCGGCAAGAGCGUGCAUGAAAUCAAAUCUACGAUCCUGUCCACGUUGGAAGGUCACCUCCGAGCUAUACUAGGAACACUCUCGGUGGAGGAGGUCUACAAGGAUCGAGAUCAAUUCGCAGCCCUGGUGCGGGAGGUCGCCGCGCCGGAUGUCGGUCGCAUGGGCAUCGAGAUCCUCUCGUUCACGAUAAAGGACGUCUACGACGACGUUCAAUAUCUGGCAUCGCUUGGCAAAGCCCAGACGGCCGCCGUCAAGAGAGACGCCGACGUGGGAGUCGCCGAGGCGAAUCGAGACGCCGGAAUUAGGGAGGCUGAGUGCGAGAAAUCGGCGAUGGACAUAAAAUACAACACCGACACCAAGAUAGAGGACAACGCGAGACUCUAUCAGUUGCAGAAAGCCAACUUCGAUCAAGAAGUGAACACAGCGAAAGCCGAGGCGCAGUUGGCUUACGAGCUGCAAGCGGCGAAGAUAAAGCAGCGGAUACGAAACGAAGAAAUACAGAUAGAGGUCGUGGAGAGGCGCAAGCAAAUCGAAGUCGAGGAGCAGGAGGUCCGCCGGAAGGAGCACGAGCUUCAGAGCACGGUGCGGCUGCCGGCCGAGGCCGAGUAUUACAAGAUGGGCCGAGUGGCCGAGGGAAAGAGAACUCAGACGGUGAGCGCGGCGAGAGCCGAGGCUGAGAAGAUCCGGCUGCUCGGAGAAGCCGAGGCUCACGCUCUGGAAGCUGUCGGGAUAUCGGAAGCCGAGCGUAUGCGCAUGAAAGCGGCGGUUUACAAGAAGUACGGGGACGCGGCGGUACUCAACAUCACUCUGAACGCUUUGCCGAAGAUCGCAGCUGAAGUCGCGGCGCCGUUGGCGAGAACGGAAGAGAUCGUGCUUCUCGGUGGCAGCGACACGACCAGCGGAGAACUCACACGUCUCGUAGGGCAAGUACCUCCAGCUGUACAUGCAUUGACUGGAGUAGAUCUUUCCAAAGUAUUAGGAAAAAUACCAGGGGCAAAGUAAUUCCGGAUUCACACGGUGUGAGUUGAGCAGCGACGACCGGGCGAACGAAUUUGGAAACCGGUUUGAGGAAGGGGUGAAAAAUGUGUACUGCCAAAAAUUUCUCCGCUACUCUAUUACCUAGCGACGACACUCUCCGCUUUUUUCUCUUUCCCGAAUUUCGCUCUACCUCAAGUCUAGCCGAAGUAGUAGCGCGCCGCUCGCCAGCGGACACGUGUGUCACUCCUUGUCGGGCGCGUCGGUCCGUAUUCGUGCUGUAUGCGUAUCACUCGAGCGUUCCUUACUUUAAACGAGACGCGCAGCACAGCGCGCGAAUAGCAUUUCGCUGCAUUUCGCUGCAUUUCGUUCAUCUGACGCCAAUUGCAUUGCGAGAUUCAGGCGACUAGCGCGAGCUCCGAUCGCAAUACGUCACACGAACAGCAUCUCGGCGCGCGACGAUUGCCCCGGAUGCAGUUUUGGUGGUUUUCGGUCCAACAGAUUCGUCGUUUUACGUUUAAUCGUUCGCGAAAAUUCACGGCAACAAAAAAGACACUGCCCACGGUCAUGCCUAAGGUAGGAGCGGUUACGAGUAUGUUACAAUGCAACAGCUAUUAUCGGUGGGAUGCAUGAGAGCACGAGCACCUGCCUCGAAAUCAAAGAUAUUGCCAAUUGCGUUUGUUUAUCUUAUCGGAAGGAGUAGAAAGUCGCAAUAAACACCAUUCGUCCGUUCGCAUAAAUAUAUAUUUUUACUACAUAGAAGAGAUGGGUGAUAUUAGAAAAGAGGUUCAACGUGCGAACAAUCAGUAAUGUCUGAACCAAAUUUUGGAUAAUUAUUUCGUAACUGUGUUUGAUAUCAGACAAAGUGUGAUUCAUAGUGUUUAAUAGCACGUAUGAACCUGCUGAUGAAAGAGAGAGAGAGAGAGAGAAAGAGAGAGAGAAAAUGAACGAAUGAGUGAGUGAAUAAGUGAGUGAAUGAGUCUAUUAUUUCAGAAUAAAAAGUCCGUUUAACUUUCGUUGAGUCAUACUGCAUUAUACACGAAAGUUAAAGGACCGUUUUUUUUGAUCAUUGGAAAAUGGAUAAAAUUCAAUGGACCGUAACUUUCGUGAAAAUAAAGAUAAUAAAAUGUUUCGAGAAGCAUUUUCACAGCUUAAAGUGUCGAGUUUUCAGCUUUAUCUUUGAUUAUAAUCCUCGCUUGCUUUUCAAUUAUAUUACGUGGCUAUAAAUUAAAUUCCAUCAAAUAUUGAAAUGUUUCGUAAAAUUUGUCAAUUUGUUUCUCGUAAAUAGAAAGUAAUACACAGGUAGUCUUUAUAUAAUUUGAAAGUGCAAACUUUAUACUUCAGUUUGUGUACAUGUGGCAUGUUCUAAAAUUUUUUAUUACAGAGUUGUUUAAAAUGUUAAAAUCAAAAUCGUCCCUUCGGUUUUGACCGUUCAUACCGAAGGCGAAUAAUUGACACAUGACUUUCGUUUAUAUAUGAAUAGAAAGUUCAAAAUUCUCUGAUUAAACUGUAUUUAUCGCAUUUUUAUAUAAAGAUUUUUAGAUUUCGAUGAUAGAGGUAAUUAGAGAAUGAGAUUGAAAGUUUGACAAACGUCAUUUCCUAUUCAACUUGAUACAUCUUGAUAUAAAAAAGCAGCAACAUUAUGAUUUUAAUGUGCCUAAAAACUAGAGAAUUCAAGCUUUAAAAUGCAUGUCGAACUAUCUUAUUAUCAUCAUUUUUACCAAAGUUACAGCCCGUUUAAUCUUAGCAUUUCAUAUUGUGUGAAAUUUGCCCCGUUUGAGAACAUUGUAUGUAACUGACUUAUUAUUGAGUCGUACGUACUACUCGAUUUCGUUGUUAAGUAUGGUGGCGACUCGUAGCGGAGACUUUGGAACUAAAGGUCACAGUUCAUAUCCAAGGCCGGUAUUCACAGUCGGAUCUUAUAUUCAAGAUCGUCUUAAGUUUAUCUUCGGAUGCUGUACAAAUUAUUUCAUUGGCUACGGCUAUAUCUGAAAGUGAACUUAAGACUGUCUUAAAUAUAAGAUUUGACUAUGAAUACCGGCCCAAGAUACGAACUACACUUUUAAUCUUCCCGAUCACACAGCGACUUAAACUUUUCUGAAAAGCCACGAGGUUCAGUUUUAACAAUUAAUAUCUCGAAAACUAAGCCAAUCCAAUGAAAAAUGCACAACAUAGAUAAAUAAUUUUUCAAUUUAGUUUUACCGUAUUUAAUCGCGUGUUGUCGGUAAGUACGCUUGUCAACUUCCGUCGAAUCUUGAUUGUGUAACGUCAAAUUUAGUUCCAAUGUCUCCGCUACGAGUCGCCACUAUACUUACUUGGGUUUUGACGUAGUGUAACUUUAUUAUAAAACACGCAAAAUUCAACGAGUCGUUCAACUGCUCUGAGAAUAACAAUAACGAAAUGGUUCCAGAAGCAUUUUAAAGCUUGAAGUUUCUACCUUUAUAUAUAUUAAAUUCGCAAUUCUACUGUCGCUUUUUGCUAAGAUGCAGCAAGUUCGAUAAAAAAUAGCGAAAUAGCGAAUCAAUUUUUCCACCACAUCUUUUAUUUCAGUUCGAAAAUUUAUUUUUAUAAAAAAUAUCUGCAUCUUAAAGAGGAAAUUUUCAGCUUCCCUUAAUUAAUUUUAUAACAUCAAGAACAUCAAAUGCCGAUUCGUUCGUCUUCUGUAAACGAUCGAAAAACAGAACAGUUUUUACUUCAACUUUAAAUAACUUUGUGUUAAAAUACCGCGCUGCAAUUUGCUAGAGCGCAAAUUAAAACGAAAAGUUUGUCCUUCCAAAUGAUGUAAGCAACAUUUGUGUAUGAUGACAUGCAACUAGACAAACCUUGCUCAAGAUGUUAAUAUUUUGACGGAUUUUUAUCUAUAUUUGUGUAAUAUCAUAAAAAGAGGAAUGAGCUUUAUAUUCGAAAAUAUACGUGUGAAUUAAAGACUUCAAGCUGAAAAAUGCUUUCUGAACCUGAUUUAGUUACUAUUAUUUUUACGGCAGCACGAGACACGAGAUACGAGAUUUGACCUGCUUUGGAUGAUCGAGAAAAAUAAUUCUUGAAUUUUUACGUGCAAUGCGAUACGAGACUCAAGGAGACUCCUUAUUUCUCAACUAUACACAUCGCCCAUCUCUUCUAUUACAUAUUAAAUAUUAUCUACAUAUUAGAGAAAUACCGCGGUGCACCACAAUUUCCGCACGAAACGGCGUCAUUACGGUAUCGAGAGGGAGAAGAAAAAAUUUGUCGCGGAAGAGAUUCUUCACGAGCUUCCGCUGGAACGGAAAAGCGUUCUAAUGCACAAAAGUGGUGCCGGAUAUCUAUCCAAUGGGAAACAAGCCUACCAAAUCACUGCCGAAACGAAAAUCCUUUCUGCUCCUUCCACACGAUCCUUCAAGUCAUUCAAGUCAUUCGACGUGAUUAUUCAAGUCCGGAGUACAAGCGAUUGAAUCGCAAGGGUGUGAAGCCCCUCUUCUGAACUCUCGGAGAACGAUCGUUAAUGAAUUUAUCAGCAGCGAGUCCAUGCGUUCCACCGGUACGGAGAACGGACAGCCGCUAAUCUCAAUAUCGAAAUUCGAAAUUUAAAUAUAACCAAUGUGAUUAAAGAGUUUCGAUCGUUGUGUUCAACGUAAUUAAGUAAUUUAACAGAGGACGAGGAGGAGAAGGAAAAGUUAGACGUUCAGCCAGCGCGGCUCAGGACGUGCACCAGCUGCCGUCUCGUAGUCUCUGUACAUACUUAUAGUCACGUAUGUAUAAUAUUAAUAGCCAAGAGAAGUUUUUAUCUCCGUGGAAAUAGAAGGAAGGAGGAAGAGUGUGCGCCACACGCGCGGGCGUACUUGGCGAUUUCGCAAGGGAGUACUGAGUUGUGACCGUAUUACAUCAACGCUCGAUAUAACGUUCUCGGUUGACCACACAUCGGAAUUCACGGCACUGAAGCACGCGAGGAGAAGAAAACGAGAAAGUAGAAAGAAAGAAGGGAAGAAGGGAAGAUAAACGCGGUAUUCCAAGCUGGACAAGUGCCAAUAUGUACAUACGAUACGCGUCUCGCCGGGUAGAGGAAAAACGGACGGAAGCACUGGGUGAUCCCGAAUAAAAGUUCGAUAUUAUUUGUAUCGCGUAACUCAUCGGUUACUACAUGCGCGAUUUUAUGAAUCUAAUAUAUACACGGAUAAAUUACCUCAUUCCCCUCUCACCCCCAUUUAUUUUUUAUACGUGUUUAUAUUUUUAUUACGUGAGAGACGAUUAUAGUUCAAAUGCCAUCCUCUUAUGCCAUAUACCGAUUUUAUAGUUCCCACAUUUAUUUUCUUUUAUCGUAAUAUAUAUAUAUAUUUUAGUUUAUCUUAGUUUAUGUACGUAUUAGUUUAUGUAGAAUGCGCACGAAGUGAAUUCCAGAGCGUGCGUGUGUGUAUGUAUGUAUGUGUGUGUAUGUGUAUAUAUAUAUAUAUAUAUAUAUAUAUGUGUGUAUAUAUAUAUACACACACGUAUGUAUAUACACACCGCUUCUUAUUCGUAUCAUCCGUAUCAUUCGCGGUGACACUCAUUAGCGUCAUCGUUUCGUUUGUGAUGAUUAAAUAGCAUUACACGUGAGGAUAUAUACAGCGAUGUAUAUCGCGAUGGGAAGCCGAUAGACACAAGACCGUCAGCCAGAAAAAGAAAAGCAAGUCUUCCCCCCACUGAAGAAGAAAAAAAAAAGAAUAAAAAAUCUUAGCGCAGUAGACCAGUACAAAGGAGAAGGGAGAAGGAAACUUCAAAAAGUCCGCAAAAUAAUAGUGAUAAACCAAUAAGAGAUCUAGAGCAUCUAGUAGAUCGAGUGAAAUUUCUAGGUGUACUACCACCGAGAGAGAGCGCGGAUAUUUUCUAUAAAACAAACGAGCAAAAAAAAAACAUAGUCGCGUCGCGCUGUCCUCAAUCGACGUUGCUUUCGACGAAGCCUCCGAUUAAGAUUACAAAGCAGAUCUGUGUAGGACGAAAAAAAAUGUGCAAAAAAAAAAAGAGAGAAUUAUCGAGAGAUGUUCGAUUUAUUUUUCUUAUGGGGUUCAGCGAGACCCUUCCGAUGAGUAGUCAAUGCGAGAAAGCACGAC